CUCUUCCGCCAGGAAAUGAAUGCCCUACGUGGGCAGGUGGGCGGGGAGAUCAGCGUGGAGAUGGAUGCUGCUCCCGGAAUCGACCUCACCAAGAUCCUGGCGGAGAUGCGGGAGCAGUACGAGAGCCUGGCCGACAAGAACCGCAGGGACGCCGAGCAGUGGUUCUUCAGCAAGACCGAAGAGCUGAACCGGGAGGUGGCCAUCAACACGGAGCAGCUUCAGAGCGGCAAGACGGAGAUCACGGAGCUGCGACGCACCAUCCAGAGCCUGGAGAUCGACCUGCAGUCCCAGCUCAGCACGAAAGCGGCGCUGGAGGGCACCUUGGCCGACACAGAAGCCCGCUACGGCACCCAGCUGGCCCAGCUCCAGGGGCUGAUCUCCAGCGUGGAGGAGCAGCUGGCCGAGCUGCGGUGCGACAUGGAGCGCCAGAACCACGAGUACAGGGUCCUCCUGGACGUCAAGUGCCGCCUGGAGCAG